AUGAGUUUUCUCAAUCCAUUUUCUCGAAAAGGUGCUCAAUGGACCUUUGCGGGAUAUACGUCUGAGUUUCCGGAUGUGGAUGACGAUGCGGGCAACCUAGCAAAACACCGCCUGUGCAACGCAAAAUCAAUACCAGGAUGCAAGGCCUUUCACAUCCCCAAAGAGGAACCAUCUUUGUCCAAGGAGGUUGAGAUAGGAGAUGAUGCGUUGGGACAGCCGCUUGAAGACCAAGUUCUUGUCUUUCAAUACAAAGGAAAAUUCCAUGCAGUUGACCAUUCUUGCCCGCACAGCCAGUUUCCUCUUUCGAGAGGCACGCCUUUCGACAUUGAAGACUUUGGUGUAACUCUCAGCGUGGGAGUUACGUGUCCUAAACACGACUGGUCUUUUGAUCUCUUUACUGGCAUGUCUGACCGAGGGAGUUACAAGCUCAAGACAUGGGAAGUCCAGAUCCGAGACGCCAAGGAGCAAGACUCUACUCAAAUGGACGGAGAUACUGAGAAGACAAAGGAAAAAGAGGUCUGGGUAAGGAGAAAGCAGAGAAUUGGUUAA